AUGUGCUGUUUUAGAGCGAAGUUUGACCGCGGAAAUGAACCUGAUCUCUUCGAGUUUGGUCAGAGAGAUAUCUAUUCCGUUUCCUCCUUGUUGAAGCAAUACUUUCGCCAGCUUCCUAAUCCUCUGUUCACCUUCCAGUCCUACUCAAGAAUUUUGGUAUGUUUGAAACAUUACAGAACAGCAGCAUACCUAAUGCGGCACCUCUCCCGACUUUGCAGCUACACUUCACUUACUGACAUGACUGCUAAGAAUUUAGCAAUUGUUUGGGCACCAAAUCUUUUCAGAGCACCUCCCGUUCUCGCUGGUGGAGAUUCUCAUUUACUUAAUGGAUUAGACAUACACACAUCACUUUGUAGUUUUCUUAUAACCAACUCAGAAUCAAUCUUCGUAGAAGACAAUGCUGAUCCUGUGCACAGUUCAGGUGAUUCUUUUUUAUUUUCUUCCAUAGCCCACUCACAUCAAUGCAUAGUACCCAUCAGAAUUUUAUGCCGAAUAUUUAGUCAUUUAAAUUUGCAGGAGCUGUUGCGCAAGAGGAUGUCAGUGAAAGAACCUCUCAUUUAGAA